AUGAUAGAUCCAGUUAAAUUUCUGUUUUUGGCCCUCUUGGCACUGCUUGUUGCAAAUGCCAAUGCCGAUGGCAAUGAACCGGUCGGCCACAGCGACGGCCAUGAGGAAAAAGUCGUGACAUACGAUGGUCGGUCCAUGAUCAUCAACGGCAGCAGGGAGCUUCUCUUCUCCGGUUCUAUUCAUUAUCCUCGUAGCACAGUUGAGAUGUGGCCUGAGCUGAUCAAACGGGCUAAGGAAGGCGGUCUUAACCUCAUCCAGACAUAUGUGUUCUGGAAUAUUCAUGAGCCUGUUCAAGGACAGUUCAACUUUGAAGGAAAUUAUGAUUUGGUGAAAUUUAUCAAAAUGAUUGGAGAAAGUGGUUUGUGGGUGACACUUAGGUUGGGACCAUACAUUGAGUCUGAAUGGAAUCUAGGUGGAUUUCCAUACUGGCUAAAAGAGAUCCCAGACAUCAUAUUCCGUUCUUACAACGAACCUUUCAUGUUCCACAUGAAAAAGUACUCUGAGAUGGUAGUCGACUUGAUGAAGAAGGAGAAACUCUUUGCAGAUCAAGGAGGGCCUAUUAUCAUGGCACAGAUUGAAAACGAAUACAACAAUGUUCAAUUAGCAUACAGAGAAAAUGGUGUGAAAUAUAUAAAGUGGGCGGGAGAUAUGGCUGUUGGUCUCUACAGCGGCGUUCCGUGGAUCAUGUGCAAGCAGAAGAAGCAUGCCCCCGACACAGUCAUUAGCACAUGUAAUGGAAGGCAUUGUGCAGACACAUUUGCUGGCCCAAAUGGCCCAAACAAGCCAUCUCUAUGGACUGAGAAUUGGACUGCUCAAUAUAGAGUAUUUGGUGAUCCUCCAUCGCAGAGGUCAGCAGAAGAUCUAGCAUAUGCUGUGGCAAAAUUCUUUGCUAGAAAUGGCACCCUCAACAAUUAUUAUAUGUAUCAUGGUGGGACCAAUUUUGGUCGAACAAGUUCAUCUUUUGUGACAACACGUUACUACGAUGAAGCCCCUCUUGAUGAAUUUGGUUUGAAGAGGGACCCUAAAUUUGGUCACCUAAGAGACUUGCACAGGGCAUUGAAAUUGAGCAAGAAACCUUUGCUAUGGGGCACUCAAAACAAGCAACGUGUCUCCGAAAAUGUUGAGAUCACAACUUAUGAGAAAGAUGGAGGUAAAAUAUGUGCUGCAUUCUUGAUAAACAAUAACUCGAGGGUACCUGCGACGGUUGAGUUCAGAGGUGACGAAUACUACCUUCCGCCUAAGUCUGUCAGCAUUCUGCCCGAUUGCAAGAUCGUUGUCUUCAAUUCUCAAGCGGUUGUUGCACAACAUAGUUCUAGAAACUUCGUGUUGUCGAAUACGAGCAAGUUUAGAGGGUGGGAAAUGUGGCGAGAGAGCAUCCCAACGUAUGAUAGUAUGGAAAUGAAAAACGUCUCACCAAAUGAGCUCUAUUUUUUGACAAAAGAUACCUCGGAUUAUGCAUGGUACAGCACUAGCAUCGAUAUCGACGGAAAUGACUUGCCGAUGCGUCAAGACGAUCUUGCAGUGCUCGAGAUUGCAAGCCUUGGCCACGCCUUACUUGCCUUUGUCAAUGGCCAAUAUGUUGGUUUUGGUCAUGGUAGUAAUGUUGACAAGAGACAUGUAUUAAAGAAGCCGGUGACUAUUAAGGCCGGAAAUAACAACAUCUCGAUACUAGCCAUGACAGUUGGUUUGCCGAAUAGUGGAGCCUACAUGGAGAAGAGAUUUGCAGGGCCUAAAGCCAUCCUUAUUCAGGGUUUGAUGUCUGGAACUCUUGACAUUACAAGAAACGGAUGGACCCACCAGGUUGGACUGAAUGGGGAGAAGAUGCAAUUAUUCACUGAGCAAGGAGCAAAGCAAGUCAAAUGGGCUCCUUUAGACGCAAAUUUAAGCUCUCUCACUUGGUACAAGGCAUAUUUUGAUGCCCCGGAAGGAAAGGAUCCAGUAGCUCUACGAAUGACAAGCAUGCAAAAGGGAUUUAUUUGGGUGAAUGGCAUAAACCUUGGCCGAUAUUGGGUAUCUUAUCUCUCAGCAAUUAACAAGCCCACUCAGGAAGAAUACCAUGUGCCGAGAGCGUACUUGAAGGAGAAGGACAAUCUGUUGGUGGUGUUGGAAGAGACCGGUGGCGACCCUCAGAAGAUCGAGAUAUUGACGGUCAACAGAAACACUCUUUGUAGCGUGAUAACCGAAUACCACCCACCAACUGUCAAGUCGUGGGAGAGGAAAGACAACAAGAUUCGCGAGACUGUUGACCCUGUGAGGGCCGCGCAUCUCGCAUGCCCCGAUAACAAAAUCAUCGGGAAAGUCGAGUUCGUGAGCUUUGGAGAGAGUGAUGGCGCUUGUGGAGCCUUCACACAGGGCAAAUGCGACUCCCCUAAGGCUCACAACGUUGUCGAAGAGCUAUGUUUGGGGAAGAAUGAGUGCAAUAUUCCAUUUGAGAGAGAAUCACUUAUUGAUGGUGAAGAUUCAUGCCCUGAUGUGGCCAAAAGGUUGGCUGUGCAAGUGGCUUGUAUCUAAUUUGUAUCUCUCAAUGGGUUUUAACCUUUUAUUAUGUUGA